UUUUUCUCCCAAAAAAAAAAAAAAAAGGAACAUGUUCUUCUCCACAAAUAGUAGUGGUAAUACCAAAAAUGUCCAUGACCCAUUUGGUAAUUUGUCUCAUGAUCUUGACCAUUCAUUCCAUCUUCCCAUCUCUUUCUUCCCCUUUCCUUCUCCUUUUGAAGUUGAUGAUGAUCGUGAUCUCAAUUUCACUACUAAUUCUCCCUCUAAUUCUUCUCAAAAUUAUAAUAAUAAUCCUCCUCCUAUUAUUUCCACUUGUAAUAGCCCUCCUAUUGACAACAUGAGCAUGGUGGUGAUGAAUUCAGAUCAAAAGAUGAAGAAGAUGAUGAAGAAAGUCCCACAAAGAAAAAGAUUGUCAAAAAAAGAUAGACAUAGCAAAAUCACAACAGCAAAAGGGGUAAGAGAUAGAAGAAUGAGGCUUUCUUUACCGGUGGCUAAGCAAUUCUUUGGAUUACAAGACAUGUUGGGUGUUGAUAAAGGUAGCAAAACAGUUGAAUGGUUGUUGAUUCAAGCCAAGCCUGAAAUUUUGAAACUUGCUACAGAGAAAAAAAACCAUAAUUGUUUCACGAUCAGUAAUUCUUCUUCUAAUUAUUCCAAUUCUUCAGAGCUUGAUAAUGAAGUUGGAGUAAUUAUUGGUGAUCAAAAUUUGAAUACCAAAGAUAAUAAUAUCAAAAUUAGUAAGAAGAAGAUCAAGAAGAAGAAGAUUAUGAGAGCCAAACAACUGCCAAUUAGAAAAACCAUGGCCAAAGAAUUGAGAGAAAAGGCAAGAGAAAGAGCAAGAGCAAGAACUUUGGAGAAGCUGAAAAGUCAGAUGUUUAUUAGGGAUUCAGCUUGUUGUUCAGAUGAUCAUCAACCAAAUUUUACCAACAUUAAUUCAUCUUCUUCUUGGAGCAGUCCUUUUGAAACUACUGGUGGAGAGGAAUCAGCUGGUACUACUACUCAUCAAAGCUACAAUAAUAAUAAUAAUCCAAUCACUUCCCAGUUUGAUUCUCAAUUCCACCAAAUUUUUUCUUCUUUUGAUGUUAUUUUGCCAAAGUGGAGCCCAUCUGAUGAUUCAACUUUCAAUUUUCUGCAUCAACAGCAUGAAUUUGAAGACUCUGAUAUCUUUGGAUAAAAGGUAUAUGGGUUGGUUGCAAGCAUGCUACAAGUCUCAACAACAUGGGAUUUUGAUUCUUAAUUUUCUCAAGGGAAUUAACCUAGCUAGGAAGUAUAUCAAGUUGGAAAGACAAAUAUUGUUAUAUUACCAUUGUUAUUAUUCUCAUAAUUUCAUGUCGAGUGUCUUGUUGUUGUUCUUCACUUUCUGUUUGAAAUUAAUGUAAAACAUAGAAACAUUUCUCAAUAUAUUUGCAUGUGCUUUCAAUUAACAACA